UAUAAAUAUAAAUUUAACAUGAGCUUCAAAAAUUAAAGCAUCGAAAAAUUGUGGAUAAAUUCGUUUUUCUGAGUCAAGUAGUCAUGUACAGGCGAUUAGGGAUUUUUGUUUUUCCUUGCUAAUAAUAUGUAUUCAGGUCGCUAAUGUUUUCUCGCACUGUUUUGUUUCCAAGCCACCUGAGGCGAUAAUGUGAAACACUUAUACGGGAAUGUUAUACGAGUAAAUAACAUCUCGAUUUACCGAUAUUUAAAGAACUACACUGUUGUGAAUCUCAGCGCAAGUUUUUGCUUUACAAAAAACUAACAGCAUAAUCGAUAAACAAAGUUUCUGCUUGAUCAUCAUCUUUAUAUGAUUUAUAAUAGUUAUGUUCUAAAGGAUCAUUUUACUCUACCACCGGAGGAUUCAAAUGCCAGAUAUAUCAGUGAAUUAACACAUAAUGAACAGUUAUUGAAAGAAACUAAAUUAAAACAGUUUUUGAUAACAGAACAAAAGAGGUCGAAAUUGUAUAGAUCGUUAAUUGCUAAAGUUAAUGCCAGUUGUAUAGAUGAUAAACUGUUAUCUAAUUUACCCAAUGAAUCAGUUCUUACUACUUUGAACCAAAAUGUAUCGUGUGAUAGCACGAGCAGAACAGAUUCUCAAAAGUGCAGUAAUCAUAGUGAAGCAUUAGCUAAUUCAGAAAAGUUUUCGAUACAAUCACCUAGACAAGAAACUAGUUUAUCUAGUCGUACAAUAAUAACAACAAAUUAUAGUGAUAAAUGUACUGAACAGAGUAUUGAUGACUUAACCAGUCAAGCUAAGGCGUUAUCACUUCAUAGUUUCCCUUAUUUUGUGAAAAGUUUAAAACUUAGAACUUCUAGCUUACAUGAGCAUAAAGCUAGACAAUUAAGACAAGCAGUUGGAAGACGUAUUUAUUCAGAUGCUGAACGUAAAAAAGUCUGUGAUCUACGUCGAAAUAAAGAAGAUUUAAUUUUAUCGGAAAACAUUAAAGCUAAAGCUGAAAAACAUUUUCAUCAUAUAAAAUCUAAUAAAUUCAUUAAAUCAUCUAAUUGUAAUGAGAAAAAUUUAACACAAUUUAUAUCUACACCAAAUAAUCAUCAUAAUAAUAAUUGGAAUCAAACUAUUCAGUGCAAUUCCAAAGAAAAUGAAGUUUCAUAUUCCAAUGAUACAGAGUUGCUUGAUUCCAAUGAUACCGAAAAAAUGAAUCUGGAAAAAUCCGAACGUGAUGAUCAUAAUGACGAAAUACUUUCCUUAUGGUCUCGCUUAUCUAAUCGCCUGAAUAAAGAAAUUCCACCGCUUUGUCUUUGUAUGGAAUAUUCUCGCCAUGAUAUUGAUGAAACUCCACCAUGGCUGAAAUGUGCCAAUAAUUGUAAAUUUUAUCGUAAUCCAGAAGGUGUGAGCAAAGAUUCAAAACUUUUAACUUUAUCCGCUACUCUCUGGUUGUCAGAUUACUAUAUCUGUUGAACCAAUGAGCAUCUUCUCACGUGCUAAUUGACUAAAAACGGUAAUCAAUGAUUAUUACCAUAUAAUCCUACCACCUAAAAAUCUACGGCUAUCACACUUAUCAGAUCUGUGUUCUGCCGAACACAUGACGUCCCCUCUAUUAGGAAUGUUCACUAAUGGUUCAUUUACAAGUACAGAUGUUUAUAUUGAUGUAUCCUGAUAAAAAUUAGGUAGUUUUCUUUAAGUACAACUAAACUGGUAGGAAAUUAUCACUCUUACUUACGCUGUUACCCCUCGUGGAGGAGCA